AUGUCUCUCCUCGCCCACGCAGGAAAGGUCCCCCUCUUACUUUCAAUGAUUUGGGCCCACUAUGUGGCAUACACUUCCCCAAACCCUGUCGUCACCGAGCGAUCUGCAGCGCUUCCGGCAACUGUAGGGCGCGCAACAGUCAUCAUGAGGCCGGUGUGGAUGCGACGCGUACACAAGGCGAUUACGCGAGCCAUUAUACUUGCCGACGCUCUUGCAAUCGUAACUUCGUUGCUUCUCGAAGACAUCGCUACCUCGCUCCACGUUGACGAAGCCAUUCUUGCCACUUGUACACGCAUCCGCAUCACGCCCUUAUUCCUCGUCGGAUGGGCGUUGGUUAUCAGCGGAGCCUUGUUGAGGAAGGCAUGCUACCGCGAGCUUGGCAAGCACUUCACAUUCGAAGUCACGGUGCACAACGACCAUCGCCUCAUCACAUCUGGUCCGUACUCCGUCGUCCGUCACCCGGCCUACACCGCGACAUGCAUCCUCGUCCCCGGAGCGGUGCUCUGCGCUUUCAGCGAGGGAGCAUGGCUCAGAGAGUCUGCGUUCCUCCAUUCUUGGAUGGGCCAAGUCUUGGCGCUGUUGUGGGUGGCGGACCUGACGUACGUGCCUUUGAUGAUGCUGUUCAAGCGGGUGCGGCUCGAAGACGCCUUGAUGAAGAAGACCUUCGGGAAGGAGUGGGACGAGUGGGUGAAGCGUACCCCAUGCGCGAUCUUGCCGUGGAUCUACUGA